CGGCCUACGCUCAAAACACCAUCUUCUUCGUCUUCUUCGGAGACUGUUAUCUGCUGUAAAUUCAAAUCCUGACCGAAAGGCGAUGCCUCCCCCCUCCUCACCAGCGAAGAGAAAACGCUCGUCUGCAACUUCUUCGCCCUCAAAACAGACCAAAUCUCCAUCAUCCAACGUGGACAAGUCUCCUUCCCCUGGCCAGAUCAGGUCUCCGUCCAAUAUGUCUGAAAUGUCAAGCCAGUAUCCGAAGUCAGACGUGUUUUCGGUAACCACAAAGCUUGAGGUCAAACGUCUCUCGGGGGACUUCUGCUGGGCGUGUAAAACUGAGUCCCCUCAGAUAGCACAUGUCGUUGGGAAAGAGGAUAAGCAGGUUUCCCUCUGGUCCAAAGAAGGCCUCCUUCCUUUUUCUCUGACGUCUGCGGCAAACGGGAUCCCACUAUGCGCAACAUGCCACCUCGAAUUUGAUCGCGCCCAUGAUCCGGGAUUCGUGUUCUUCCCCUCUGACUUACAAUAUUUUAUCGAUUUCGAAUUGAGGGAUAGAGAGAGAAGAGCGUUGGCAGUCGGAGAGGGAGACAUUAUUCCCCGAGAAGUCCCAUCCAGCACAUCGUACAGGGAUCAUCAGUUAGAGCAGGGGAUUAUCUCAGACAGGGAGAAUAGUGGCCUUUUCCAACCUGUUUUCUUGAAGAGCCCUGGCACGGGGCCCCGUUAGCGACCCUACGACGAGGCAUUCUAGCAUUGGGCAGUGCUAGAAUUUGCGGAAUCGACCGAGCAACAGUCACCCAACUAGAAACACUACGGAACCUAUACUUCCAAAAGUACGAUGGCUGCU